CUACAGGGCAAGUUCUCUACUUUGCCAAGGAGAUAUCCUCUUGGUGAACAGGAUAUCCCCUUGGUGAAGUAAAAUUCUUUGCAAGUGGGAUGGGAUAUAUGUAUAUUCUAUCGCUCAACUGGUUACUUGUAGUGGUCAUAGUUGUUGUCUAUGUAUAAUUAUUAAACGGACAAGACGUUGCCCUAGGUUAAGUCUUGGCAACCGUACCCGAGUACCUGCAGAUUGUUCUGUCACAAUCAGAUUGUUUGCCCACUUGAAACUUUCCCCCACCUAACCCAGAACCGAAAUUCCCUCCGAGUCCUGCCGCUGGCUGUCUCCCAUCUACUUCGUCCUGCAAAACCCAUCACCUUCCCUCAACACGUCCCCCUUCCCUGUGGCUUAACCAACAUCUCCCCUCCUUCCCCCCUCAAUUCCACCCCUUCUCUUAUCCUAUCCAUCGUUCAUAAUGCUUAGAUCGGCCUUACGUCAAUCUACCCGCUCCGCCGGAGCUUGGUCUGCUGGCAGAAUCGUCGCUGUAUGUUGCUUCCACGCCAAAUUUUCUUCCUCCCAAAUUUCGCCCCCUUGCACAUCCGCUUCAUUGCCCUCGCCCAGAUAGCCCCAUCAAUUGAAAUCUCCACCUAUCUACUCAAUAACCUUUACAAUACUUAAUCACUAACUCCUCUCCCUAUCUUCGCAGACUCGGCAUGUGGCCCCCGCUCUCACCAAUAAUACCGUCCGAACCUAUGCUGGUGAGGCGAAGGCAUCCCCAACGGAAGUCUCCUCAAUUCUCGAGCAGAGGAUUAGAGGGGUUCAGGAGGAGGCUGGGUUGGCGGAAACUGGCAGAGUUUUAUCUGUUGGGUGGGCAUCUUCGACAUUCGGCCUUGUGCGAAAUGUUGGCUUACCGGAUAAUUCCCAUAAAUAGUGACGGUAUCGCAAGAGUGCACGGUUUGGCCAAUGUCCAGGCUGAGGAAUUGGUUGAGUAAGUUAUUUUAGGCACCAAUAUAGAAUUGUGGACAUUGAUGUUUGAAAUUAGGUUUGCCUCUGGUGUUAAGGGAAUGUGCUUGAACUUAGAAGCGGGCCAAGUUGGGGUUGUGUUGUUUGGUUCCGAUCGACUCGUCAAGGAGGGAGAGACUGUUAAGCGUACUGGUGAAAUUGUGUGCCUCUUUCUCCCCAAGUUGCCUUGGGCGGGACUGGCACAUACUAAGACGCAAUCCAGGUUGACGUUCCCGUUGGUCCUGGAAUUCUUGGACGUGUGGUUGAUGCUCUCGGUAACCCCAUCGACGGCAAGGGGCCCCUCAAUGUCAAGGAGAGAAGACGUACUGAAGUCAAGGCCCCUGGUACGUAUAAAUGAAUGAUGCAUUGCAUGAUGGGUUUCGUGGAAUUGACACAUAUUCCAGGCAUUCUCCCUCGUCGUUCAGUAAAAGAACCCGUGCAGACCGGAUUGAAGUCGGUAGAUGCGAUGGUUCCGAUUGGUCGUGGUCAGCGUGAACUUAUCAUAGGUGACCGUCAAACCGGUAAGACUGCUGUCGCUUUGGACACCAUGCUUAACCAGAAGCGAUGGAACAAUGGGUCCGAUGAGACCAAGAAGCUUUACUGUGUAUAUGUGGCUAUUGGUCAAAAGCGUUCCACCGUCGCCCAGCUCGUCAAGACGUUGGAGGAGAAUGACGCCAUGAAGUACUCAAUCAUUGUAGCUGCCACUGCUUCCGAAGCUGCUCCAUUGCAGUUCCUAGCUCCUUUCACUGGCUGUGCUAUGGGAGAGUGGUUCCGUGACAAUGGAAAGCACGCCGUCAUAAUCUAUGACGAUCUUUCCAAGCAGGCUGUUGCCUACCGUCAAAUGUCCCUAUUGCUUCGUCGCCCACCGGGACGUGAGGCUUACCCCGGAGAGUAAGGAUGCCAGCCCCCAUUUUUCCCUAAUCCUCAGCCGCUGAUCCCUCUAGUGUCUUCUACCUGCACUCCCGUCUCCUCGAGCGUGCUGCAAAGAUGAAUGAGGCCCAUGGCGCUGGUUCCCUCACUGCUCUUCCCAUCAUUGAAACACAGGGUGGUGAUGUCUCCGCCUAUAUCCCCACCAAUGUUAUUUCCAUCACAGAUGGACAAAUCUUCUUGGAGGCAGAAUUAUUUUACAAGGGUAUCCGCCCCGCCAUUAACGUCGGUCUCUCUGUCUCUCGUGUGGGGUCAUCGGCGCAGGUUAAGGCGAUGAAACAGGUUGCCGGGUAGGCUAAAUCUAGGCACCUUUUGUAUCAAGCCAUCGCUUACAUAUUAACGAGCCCACAGAUCUCUUAAAUUGUUCUUGGCCCAAUACCGUGAAGUCGCAGCUUUCGCGCAGUUCGGCUCGGAUUUGGAUGCUUCCACCAAGUCUACCUUGAACCGCGGUGAACGUCUGACCGAACUACUCAAGUAUGCCAUAAUAUAACUACGUCCUUCCACCUACAUCAAACGGCCACUGACGAUUUCACAGGCAGAAGCAAUACAGCCCCAUGGCGGUUGAGGAGCAAGUUCCCUUGAUCUAUGCUGGUGUUAACGGACAUCUUGACAAUGUUCCAGUCAACAAGAUCAGCCGAUUCGAAGAGGGUAAGCCACCUAGCGAAGUGUUGCCUCGUGGGAGGAGACCGGUUGGCUGACCUGACACCCAGACUUCCUUGCCCACCUAAGGACUAAUGAGUCUGGACUGCUCGCAACUAUUAACAAGGAAGGUGCCCUUUCCAAAGAGACCGAGGCAAAACUCAAGAGCGUCAUUGUGGCCUUCGUACAAUCUUUCUUGUAAACAGUAUCGUUCCUAUAUCUUUAAGUAUCCUCGAGAAUUCAGCGUCCAUAUAACUUCCUCCU